GAAACGGCACCAUCGCGAGAAAGGAGCCGGCGGCCGGCUCGUUCCUGCGCAGAUGGUGCGCUUAUAGGCGUCGCGCAUACGCUUCCAGGCGCGGCUCGCGGGGAGGACGACGCUGGGGCUCGCCUGCCCUCCGCGGCCCCCGUCGCUGCCAUGAUUCCGGUGUCGCUGGUGGUGGUGGUGGUGGGCGGCUGGACCGCCGUCUACCUGACCGAUUUGGUGCUGAAGUCAUCUGUGUAUUUCAAGCAUUCUUACGAAGACUGGCUGGAAAACAACGGCCUGAGCAUCUCCCCUUUUCACAUCAGAUGGCAAACUGCUGUGUUCAAUCGUGCCUUUUACAGCUGGGGCCGGCGGAAAGCGAGGAUGCUUUACCAAUGGUUCAAUUUUGGAAUGGUGUUUGGCGUAAUUGCCAUGUUUAGCUCCUUUUUUCUCCUGGGGAAAACACUGAUGCAGACUUUAGCACAAAUGAUGGCUGACUCUUCCACUUCUUAUUCUUCCUCCUCUUCUUCCUCUUCUUCCUCCUCUUCUUCCUCUUCCUCCUCUUCUUCUUCCUCUUCCUCCUCCUCCUCAUUUCACAACGAACAAGUGCUACAAGUUGUGGUUCCCGGUAUAAAUUUACCCGUCAACCAACUGACCUAUUUCUUCGCUGCAGUCCUCAUUAGCGGUGUCGUACAUGAAAUUGGACACGGGAUAGCAGCCAUUAGAGAACAAGUUCGAUUUAAUGGCUUUGGAAUUUUCCUCUUCAUUAUUUAUCCUGGAGCAUUUGUUGAUCUGUUUACCACUCAUUUGCAACUUAUAUCACCGGUCCAGCAGCUAAGGAUAUUUUGUGCAGGUAUCUGGCAUAAUUUUGUCCUUGCGCUCUUGGGUAUUUUAGCUCUUGUCCUCCUCCCUGUGAUCCUCUUGCCCUUUUACUACACUGGAGUUGGGGUGCUUAUCACUGAAGUUGCGGAGGACUCGCCUGCAGUUGGCCCCAGAGGUCUUUUUGUGGGAGACCUUGUCACCCAUCUCCAGGAUUGUCCCGUGACUAACGUACAGGAUUGGAAUGAAUGUCUAGACACCAUCGCCUAUGAGCCCCAGAUUGGUUACUGCAUAAGCGCGGCCACACUGCAGCAGCUAAGCUUCCCGGUCAGAGCAUACAAACGGCUAGAUGGUUCAAUCGAAUGCUGUAACAACCAAAGUCUCACCGAUGUGUGCUUUUCCUACAGAAAUAAUUUUAAUAAGCGUCUGCAUACAUGUCUACCUGCCCGGAAAGCAGUUGAAGCCACCCAAGUGUGUAGAACCAAUAAAGACUGUAAAAAAGGCUCAAGUUCAAGUUUCUGCAUAACCCCUUCUCUGGAAACUCACACCCGCUUAAUAAAAGUGAAACACCCACCUCAGAUCGAUAUGUUGUACGUAGGACAUCCUCUGCACCUGCACUACACAGUGAGCAUCACCAGUUUUAUCCCACGUUUUAACUUUCUAAGCAUUGAUCUGCCUGUAGUUGUGGAGACAUUUGUCAAGUACCUGAUCUCGCUCUCAGGAGCUCUGGCUAUUGUCAAUGCAGUGCCCUGCUUUGCUCUGGACGGCCAGUGGAUUCUAAACUCUUUCCUGGAUGCCACUCUUACCUCAGUGAUCGGAGACAACGAUGUGAAAGAUCUGAUAGGAUUUUUCAUCUUGCUUGGCGGCAGUGUCCUUUUGGCUGCCAAUGUGACUCUGGGACUCUGGAUGGUGACAGCACGGUAAUGUCGGCACUCACCCGACACAAUCUGUGAGUUACAAUAUGCAAUACUGAAAACCAGUACCUGGUGUGAAAUAUCAAGUGUUCCCUUAAAAUGACAUUUUAGCCAUCAACUUUUAAGCUCCUCCUAUAUCCAGAGAAUCCAAACGCUAGGAUGGGGCUAACAGAAGAAAAGCCAGGUCUAGUCCUUGACUACAUUCUAGUUUCAAAGACUGAACUCAAUCUGCACAUGCUUGUGGAACAAUUCCUCAACACGUGCAGAUUCUUGUUAAACCUUUUUGUGUGACUUCACAUUGUCUCAUAUGAAGAUCCUUAGACAACAAAAUGAGUUAGACUAUAGAAUCUUCAUAGUUUCAAAGGAUAACAAAAUUGGGUAAAAUUAGUUGAGGAAAACUUCUUAAGAAAUCAUCAAUCCAUAGCUGAAGGAGACCAGACUUUGGCCAAGUGGAAGGAGUGAGCAUUUUCUCAACCUGUACUUCUUGUCCUUUGUCUUGUUAGAAAAGUAUUUUAAAAUUUAAUGGCGUAUUAUUUUAUACUCUGAUAACUGGGGUCUGAUUGCAGUUCAUAACAUUUUAUAAGAGAAUCUGCUGACCCAAAAGGGAAAAUCUUUGUCAAACGAUGCCAAAUAAUUGAACAAAUUAAGAAGUAGGGCCUAUAAUACCUUGACACAGGUUUUGCCCCACAAGUUACCUCUUUGCUAACGUGCCCCUAUUCCCUCACAGAAGCACUUGGCCUUGACAUUUAGAAUCGGCUGCAGGAAGGGUUUCCCACUUGCAGCACGUGAGCUGGAGCAGUUAGGGUUGAACCUCAGAACUAAGCUGAAUCUUUCGACAUCACAAGCCACGACACGGGACCUCUGCGGUCCUGAUUACCAUUCUCUGCAGAGCUUCAAUGCUUGGAACCGUUUCCAGGGUAGACCUUUUUUUUUACGCUACCGGGGCUAUUUGAGUCCCAGCUCCCCGGUUCCUGUCUUCGAGAAGCAACUGCCUUAAGCUCCGAGCCAUGCUCUGUCCUCACCAGCAGCUCCCACGAUUCUCUGUUGGGCAAUAAAACAUCUAAUCCUGGCCUUCCAUCUUUCCCCCGAGCUACCUCACUGGGUCCACAGAACACUUGGUCGCACAGUGAGGACAGCUUCACAUGAGUACCAACGUGGAUUUGCCAGAGCCGGGAACCUACUCUUGUGCCGAAAAAGCCCCGCCCAGUUCAGAAGUGUAUGAGCACUUGUACAUGAUGACAAAUAUGUCCUUUUCUCAUACACUCAGGAACACUAGCAGUCCCGUAUCUAACUUCUUCCCAGGGGGUUCACCUUUUUCAGAUUAACGAGUUUUUAAUCAUUUUUAACAAACUCUUUAGACUGUAUCACACAAUUGCCUGCCUUCUUAAACAAAUUACAUAUUGAGUAUGAUUUUAGUAUUUUAAGCAAUGACUCCAGGUUAUCAGUUCUUGGCACUACUAAAACCAUACAAAUUAUUAGCCUAUCCUAGGGAAAACGUAUUUGUUCCGUUUGUACGCAAUCAUUUCAGAAUCAAAAUGUAUUAGCAGAGUAAUGUUCAGACCUGUUCAGGUAGCACUUGGGGAAUACCAUGAAAUACUUGCAUAAUUAAUUUGAACACGUGAGCUGAGCGAUUUACUAAUGAAAACAUUGUAUACGUGCAGGUCAGUUUUUUUUAAAGCUGAGGAGAAAAUUUAAUAGAAAAAAAUCCUUCCCAUUAAUUUUGUUUUCUGGGUGGAAAAAAAAAAUCCCACCCACAUUACUUUCUUGUAGCUUUUAAACACCUUGGUCUGUUGCUCCAUAGGGUCAGGAUUGGGGAGCUGCUCUAUUAGGGUGCUGAGCAGAUCAGUCCCAGUUUGUAUAGAAAUGGCCUCAUCCUGUAAGAAAGGGAAGAAAUGUUACGUGUUGUCUCUUCACCUUGAUUGUGGCACUUAUAGAGCAAGGACCAUGUCAUACUCCUCUUUGCAUCCCUAACACAGUGCAUGUGACAUCAUAAACACUCAAUAAAUAUGGUUGAGUGGAUGAUAAUUAGUGUUAUUUAUGGAUUAGGGAAGCAUGUAUCUAUUUAAGUAAGCUAUAAAAACUAUUGAAUAUUUACUGUAAAUAUAUGUUAACAUAAAAAAUAACUCGGAAGGUCUGUGUGUCCCUGGAAGAUUAUCAUCUCUGAAAAUAAUCCAUUUUGAUUUCUGUAGAGCAAUUAGGAAAAUUGAUUCGUUUUGAGGCUUUGAAGAAAAGUGUACUUUUUGUUGUGUUGUUAUUUUGUUCAAUUAAAUUUUAUUUUCAGUGUUCCUCCUCUGCAUUGUUUACAUUUUUGAGGAUCUUCAAAAAUCACCCAUGAUCUGUAAAGAAUGUAUAUAUUUCUUUCAGCAUCUCAGUUUGAAAAGAUAUGCAGUUAAACUUGACCUUUUGAUAAUCACUCUUGUAGGUCAUUGUCUGUUCUAGUAGUAAAUUGUAAACUUGUACUUCAUGGAUAUGUAGCACUCAGUCAUCAGUCUGUCCUAUGGUAUUUAUUGAAUGUCUAUAUACUAAUGGUGCACAGAGAUUUUCUUUCUCUAAAUCUUUUGACUGUGUUGUAAUUCACUCAUAGGACUGAACUUGAAGAUACCAUAGUUGCUGGCAUUGGAUGUUUAGCAAUAAAAGAAUAAAUGUGUAUCAGCAGUCUAUAUUUUAUCAUC